CAUCACAUGCUGUGUUGUUGGAACCGAGCUUAGCAGCUGCGCUUCCAAGAGCUCAUCGGAUCCAUCCACCAAGGUACGGCGCUGAUCUGAGCAAUGUCGCCUCCGGGCACGUACGUGUCGUCGGAGUCGUCGUCGUCGUGGUGGGGCGGCGGCAAGGAGGAGCACGGCACGCCGGUGGUGGUGAAGAUGGACAACCCCUACUCGCUGGUGGAGAUCGACGGCCCCGGGAUGGACAGCGCCGAGAAGGCCCGCCGCACCAAGAACGCCAAGCAGUUCAAGUGGGUGCUCCUCCUCCGCGCGCACCGCGCCGUCGGCUGCGUGGCCUGGCUCGCCGCCGGCUUCUGGGGCCUGCUGGGCGCCGUCAACCGCCGCGUGCGCCGGAGCCGGGACGCCGACGCGGAGCCCGACGCCGAGGCCUCGGGCCGCGGCCGCAUCAUGCUCGGCUUCCUCCGCGCCUUCCUGCUCCUCUCGCUCGCCAUGCUCGCCUUCGAGACGGCGGCAUACCUCAAAGGGUGGCACUACUUCCCACGGGACCUGCCGGAGCAGUACCUCCGGCAGCUGCCCGAGCACCUGCAGAACCUGCCCGAGCACCUCCGCCACCUGCCGGAGAACCUGCGCCACCUGCCCGACGGCCUCCGCAUGCCGGAGCAGCAGGAGAUCCAGGGGUGGCUCCACCGCGCGUACGUGGGGUGGCUGGCCUUCCGCAUCGACUACAUCGCUUGGGCCAUACAGAAGCUCUCCGGCUUCUGCAUCGUCCUCUUCAUGGUGCAGUCCGUGGACCGCAUCCUCCUCUGCCUCGGCUGCUUCUGGAUCAAGCUCUGGGGCAUCAAACCCCGCCUCGCCGCCGCCGCCGACGACGACGACAUCGAGGACGGCGAUGACCUCGCCGCCUACUUCCCCAUGGUCCUCCUCCAGAUGCCCAUGUGCAACGAGAAAGAGGUGUACGAGACGUCCAUCUCACACGUGUGCCAGAUGGACUGGCCGCGUGAUCGGAUGCUGGUGCAGGUGCUGGACGACUCGGACGACGAGACGUGCCAGAUGCUCAUCAGGGCGGAGGUGACAAAGUGGAGCCAGAGGGGAGUGAACAUCAUCUACCGCCACCGGCUGUCGCGCACCGGCUACAAGGCCGGCAACCUCAAGUCCGCCAUGAGCUGCGACUACGUCAAGGACUACCAGUUCGUCGCCAUCUUCGACGCAGACUUCCAGCCCAACCCUGACUUCCUCAAGCUCACCGUACCUCACUUCAAGGGGAACCCGGAUCUUGGGCUUGUGCAGGCGCGUUGGAGCUUCGUGAACAAGGACGAGAACCUGCUGACACGGCUGCAGAACAUCAACCUGUGCUUCCAUUUCGAGGUGGAGCAGCAGGUCAACGGCAUCUACCUCAACUUCUUCGGCUUCAACGGAACCGCCGGCGUGUGGCGCAUCGAGGCCCUCGAGGACUCUGGCGGUUGGAUGGAGCGCACCACCGUCGAGGACAUGGACAUCGCCGUCCGCGCCCAUCUCCAGGGAUGGAAGUUCAUCUACCUCAACGAUGUCAAGGUGCUCUGUGAGCUGCCGGAGUCGUACCAGGCUUACCGGAAGCAGCAGCACCGGUGGCACUCCGGCCCCAUGCAGCUCUUCCGGCUCUGCCUCCCAGCCAUCAUCAAGUCCAAGAUCCCGUUGUGGAAGAAGGCGAACCUGGUGAUGCUCUUCUUCCUCCUCAGGAAGCUCAUCCUGCCCUUCUACUCCUUCACGCUCUUCUGCGUCAUCCUGCCGCUCACCAUGUUCGUGCCCGAGGCCGAGCUCCCUAUCUGGGUCAUCUGCUACAUACCCAUGCUCAUGUCGGUCCUCAACAUCCUGCCGGCGCCCAAGUCCGUCCCCUUCGUCAUCCCCUACCUCCUCUUCGAGAACACCAUGUCCGUCACCAAGUUCAACGCCAUGGUGUCCGGGCUGUUCCAGCUGGGGAGCUCCUACGAGUGGGUCGUCACCAAGAAGGCCGGCAGGACCUCGUCCGAGUCGGACAUCUUUUCCAUGGCCGAGGACGCCGACACCGCCCACACUCACAGUCACAGGCCCGCUCCCAGGCUCGUCCGGGGAGUGUCGGAGGCUGGGCUGGAGGAAUGGGCCAAGACGCACCAACAUGACAACCUUCAGCUCAAGGUCAAGGCCGAGGAGGCGGAGGAGGUCACGUCGCUGGCGGCGGCGAUCAAGAAGACCAGUAAGGCCAAGCCGCCCAACAGGAUCUUCAAGAAGGAGCUGGCUCUGGCCUCCCUCCUACUCAUCGCCGCGACGCGCAGCCUGCUCUCGGCGCAGGGGCUGCACUUCUACUUCCUGCUCUUCCAGGGCGUCACCUUCCUCGUCGUCGGACUCGACCUCAUCGGCGAGCAGGUCAGCUAGCUAGUGCCAAGCAGAAAUAAAAAAAAGUGACACGACUUGCCAAGCAUGCAUCGAUCACGGAUGACGACGUACGUACGCCCAGGCUGCCUGCAUAGUGCCCAUGCAUGGGAGGAAUUUUGAUCGAUCAGGCUAGCUACUACUCGAUCGGAUUAUGACUUUUAGCCCUUCUAUUCAAUUUA